AUGUGGACCAAAGAAGAAUUUCAGCGGUUUGGGGAACUAGCCUGGAUCAAGGAUUUCGUCGGUUAUCGAAGAUUCAACCGACUCGGGUCGCGGUACCGUCCAUGCCUACCCCGCAUGAACACGGAGGAUGACGUCACAAACUGUCCUCGUAACGCAGACAAACAAAAGGAUACGGAGGAAGUCCUCUCAUUCCUGGGCCAACCUGCCUUUGGCCGACUGGUACAUGCCAAUAAUCCAUUAUAA